CUCAUUUCUCGCAGAAAACAUGUUUCGGGAAGCGGCAAACACGAAUCGGUUAAUGAAUCGGGCUGGUUAAUGAAAGCGGAGCACAAGAUAAAAAUUAUGUUUUGGAUGUUAUUUUUUUAUUUUAGUGUUGUAAUCGGUUUUUUUAAAUUCCAUCAAUUUUUAUCUUAAGUAAUUUAGGCCAUUUCUAUAAAUCUUCUAUCAUUUUUUUAGCGUCCAUAAAAAGACAUUUUGACAUAAAAAGACAACGAAAUUUCAGUGAAAUGAAAGUAAACAUGAACCUUAACAAAGAGCGAAACUUGCUUCCGUCUAAAAGCGCUUUUACAGUAGAUAAGAUAAGGCCGAGCAGAGCUGUGUAACAUGUGUGGGUACUCCACUCAUUUCUAUAAAUAUUGCUGCAGAGUACAGUUCGUUGAUAAGAACGAGCAUCCACCGAAAUACCAUCCAGCAAUAAAGUGAAAAGUGUUUACAGUCACUAGAUAACAAAUCUAUGUUGGUGUAAAUCGGUACACUGCCGCUUAGCUGGUGAUAAUUUUUACCAAGAGUUUGUUAUUCAUCAAUUUUGCGUGUUACAGUGAAGAACGUCAUUUCCAUUUCCAGCCUGGAAAAUCAUUUCAUCCGAAACCUCAAACAACCCACCCGUGGAAGCUAACAGUAGGAGAAACAAUUUCCUGUGUUAAGUCAGUGUUUUCAUUCUUUUUUGAAGAUUCUAACUUACGUGAAAUGAAUCUGGACAAGGAAAUUCAACAUUUUCACAAUGAAAAUACGAUACAGCAUAGCAAGAGUAAAUCAGUAGAGCAGACUCCUACAUCAAUGGAGAGGUUAAAGACUCCAGUCGUAGGAACGACGCAUGGAACAUCGUAUUCUUUGCUGAUAGCAAUGCUGACUGCGGUGCGUAGCUAUCAUAUGAACCAAGUUCAUGGCAAUUUCAACUUUAGCAUCACACUCGAAGACCCACAAGGAGGCAAAUUCGACGAUAUUGUGUUUCAUAGGCCACUAGAGAAGAUAUCAUUAUACAUGCAGUGCAAGCAUAAGGCACCAACAGAUUCCACAACUCCAGAAUCUACAACCACACCGCAUACGUCAAGAAAUCAAGAAACCAUCGCCCAAAAUUAUUCAACCCAAGAAACCGACGCACAAAUUUCUUCAGCUCCAGAGAUCACAUUACAAAAUUCUACAACUCAAGAGACCGUCAACACACCAAUCUUGCAGAACAAGAAACAGAAAGCAGAACUGUUAAUUGUACCAAAUGCUUUUCUUGCACCUAAAUCACCAUUUUCUAUUGCUAUGUACUUUAAGUCAUUUCUUGAAACUAAUCCCAUCUUCUCGAAGAAUAAUUAUUAUUGUUUAUGUACCAAUGCCGUUAUUGAUCCAUAUUUAAGAAUUGAAUACUUUUCAGAGCUUAAUCCUAGCACGCAUUACAUAUUCUCAUGUUAUCAGGACCUUGAUGCAAAGUUUUAUCAAUUCAACAUUCCCAACCAAUGGGCAAAACUCAACGAAAAGCUAAGAGAUGCUAGCCUAAGCUAUCUGGGAACAUUAUUAGCUAAAUCUAUUCAUGGCCAACAAACGAUGAACAGUAAUACUAUAAUUUGUAACCUGUACGCUGUUUUAGUUAACAGCAUAAUCGAAAAAUCAGACCAAAUCAUUGCAGUUUCUUCGCCCCCAGUCCAACACACGUACAAGUUUAAAGAAGCUUUUCAACAUGCGGAUAAAUUUUCAGCCUUAGGUAAAAUUCGUGAAGCAUUUCUCACGGAGUACAAAAAACUCCUACCUAAAAAAGAAUCUAAAGACAACGAUGUUUGGAACGAUAUUCGACAAAAAGGAAUCAAGAUGGACUUAGAUUGUUCGAUGGCGGCUAUGGAAGAUGCGUUCAACUCGAUGAACAACCAAAACUCUUAUUUCACAAAGGUUGAUGAAAAAAUUGCGCAGUUUUAUUCCGAGUUUGUGUUGAUUUGCACUCCUGAUGAAGAAAUACUUCGCCGUAACGCGAAGCAGCUUCUUGCCGAAUUGACAGAUAUUGAAUCAGACAUUGUUUUUGAUACUCUGUGUACUUCAAUAUUUGAAGUCUUGAAACACAAAGAAGUGUUAGAAAUAAACUCAAACUAUGUGAAUACGACAUUUCAAAAACUGAAACGCAACAUUUUUUACACUCAAUUGAAAACAUCAACCAAGGAAUACAUCGCAACGUUAGAGCAAAAGUAUCCUCAUGGUUUAAUCGAUCACAAAUGGUUGGAAAGUUCUUGCUUCUUCCAAUUUCUUUGCAAUAAAUCUGCUUUUGGAACUUAUCACUAUCGUAGCUCGGUUGAUUUGAAUAUCAGCGCUAUGAUCAUACUAGAAACUCUGAACGUACUGCAAACUCAAUGCUUAUUUAUUUUUGAAUCCAACUACCAUCAAAGCAAAGCGUUGGAGGAAAUUCUUGAAAAUAUCUUUGAAUAUAAUGAUUCAGGUCUGGGUUUGGCGCUGUACAUAAUUGUUGUUCUAGACAUGCUCGUAAUAGCCAAUAACAAUUCAUUAGCUGAGAUGACACGUCGUCUUGAAGAAAAACUAAACAAUCAUAAGCAUAGGCUCAUAAUCUUGUCGCCACUCACAGCGAAGGAAGAACCUUCGGAAAAAUCUUUACUAGUACGCGAUCUUGCUCAAGAGGCACGAAAUCAGAUAUUCCUGGACAACAAUCAAUUAUACUUCUUUGGUUCAUCCACUUCAAUUGAAAGUAUGGUACAAAAAUCAGACACGUUAUCCUUUAUGUUCAAAGUUUUGGAUUAUUACGCGGAAACAAAAGCUACCGAUAGAACAAACGUUAAUAGGCACAACUACGAAAAGAUCAAAUGCAGCUAUAUACAACGAGAUGUUGAACCUUACUCUCCAUCAAGAGCUCUUGUUGGCCAUUCUAAUCGGGAGAUCAAAAAAUGUUUUGAAUAUUUAAAAGGCUCAAUUGGACAUCAAACAUACACUUUUGAUGAAAUGAUUCACGCAUUUCAUGAGCCUGUUUGCAAACCAGUAUAUGAAUCAGUACAAUCAGCUCUAGCCGAAAAAGAAGAACAACAUGACAUUACCAAUCUGUUUGAUAACGAAAACAGGAAUAAAUGUAAGGUUCUCCUGAGCGAGGCUGGUUUUGGAAAGUCAACUUAUUUCACUUGGCUUGCGUGGCGUAUAGCGGAUUCUCAACCAUCACUGUUUGUCGUGAGACUAAACGCGAAUGAAUAUUGUUCCAUAUUUGAUAGAUUAAAAGAAGGUCAAAAUCAGCUUGGCGAUUCAAAGUUGAUACAAAUACUGUACCGUUUGGUUUCUCUCGCGCUUGCUGAACCAAACUUACUGCAAGAAGAAAGUAGAGAAUUGGGCGCAAGUUUAUUGUGCUUCUCCAAUGGGCAAGUCAUGCAUGAUGAGAGUAAAACAACAUGUCUACCUUUCGAACAACUCUUUCUCUUGCGUCUAUUCUGUAGCAAAUUCAAUGCAAAGCAACUAGUCCUGCUAUUGGAUGCGUAUGAUGAAAUAGUUCCCGAUUACACUGACAUUGUAAUCAAGUGCUUCGCAGGGUUCAGCAAGUAUGAUGGAAUACGUAACAUCUAUUUUUCGAGCCGGCCAUACGAGUUUCAGGAUGAUUUUAAGAAAGCUAUUACAAAUUGUAGAAUCUUCCAGCUGAAACCGUUUUCUCAUUACCAUCAAAUACUAUCGCUACACAAACAUUUAUUAAGCGAGGUGACCGAGUAUGAGCAUUUGGAAAACAACUUUCGACCAGCUGUGUUGAGCGCUGUGUAUAGUACUUUAAUCAAUCGUUUGGACGAUUUAGUAAGUGCGCCACUCUUACUGCAUUUGGCAAUUGACUCAUUAUUACCAAUCAUCAGGCAGCAUAUAAACUUUUCAUCGAACACAAUUUCCCGCCUGGUUUUUUCAAACGUCAAACUUCAAUCAUUCGAAAUUAUCAAGUCCUUUGUAGAUAAAAAAUUGGAAAUAUUACACAUAGACAAAUCCGAGUUGACCAUGGCCGCAACUAAGAACAUCCAUGUUAACCGUAAAAUUAAACAAUUCAACAAACAAUUCGAACGAGUACACGCUAUAAUGGCAAUAUACGUAUUAUUCGAUAAAAAAUAUGUCGAUAAAAUAGUAUCCAAGCAAGAACUACUAGACAUCAUGGAAGAAAUAGAGCAAGGAGAUCAGAAGACCGGAAUCAUAGUCGGAUUUAAAAAUAACAUUCCGCUCUUUGCUCAUAAAACUUUUGCAGAGUAUAUGGCAGCUUUGUGGAUAUUCAAAAACCAGCAUAAACUCAAAGAUGAUUCUUACUUCAAAUCCCAAAUGUUUUGGAUGCGAGGCUUUGAUAGAAUACGCGAAUUUUUCAAUCAGAUGGUUGUUAGAAAAAAUGAUAAAAUGGACAUUCACGUGGCUGUUAUGAACAAAUCGUUGGAAGAGGUUAAGGCGAUAAUUGAAAAUGAUGCUUCGCUCGUAACCGCCAGAGAUUCUGGCGGUCGGAUACCUCUGCUCUUAGCUUUGCAACACGAUAACCAUGACAUCAUGCUGCUACUGCUGGAAACGAUGAGUUCGAUCAAUAAGAUCGAUCUGAUUGAUGCAAGAGAUGAUCUUUUCCACUGGAGGGCAUUAGACUAUGCUUUUGUCAUGUGGAACAAAAAUGCCAUUAAAGCUCUUUUAGAUUUCGGAGCAAGUAUCAACAUAUCUACACUAUGCGCACAACUGUUUUCAAACGAUAACGACAAUCUGUUGAUACAAGCAUAUCAUUAUGUCAAUCAAUUAGCAUCUGCUGAGGAUCGCAAACACUUAUCCGAAUACACAGUGGAUCAUUUGUUAAAGGAAAGGAAAAUUGACAUAAACGAUAAACGCGAACGUUUGGAGCAGUCAACAGCAUUGCAGUAUUGUAUUGCGAAGAAAGCGUACGAACUAUUUGAACAGUUUAUUCUACAUCUAGACAAGCCUGAGGAAUAUUUGUCUAGCAUGGGAGACCAGCUCAUCAAAGCCGCACUCGCCAAAAAUGCGUACAACAUUGUAUGUUUUCUUGUCGAUAAAUUCGAUUUGCAUCCGCCACCAAAACAGAACAAACUCAGUCUGUGUGCAGCUCUACUAUCAGCCAUUGAGUUAGGUCGUAUGAGAUCAUUUAAGAUUUUUCUCGAGCAGUUGUGCCUUCUUCUGAACAUCGAAUGCGCUAGCGAUACAACGAUUGUUGUGGACGAUGUCUUCGAAAACAUAAAAACUAAAUCAUCCGACGAAGCUAAUGACAAGUUUCCAAAGAGUUGCUGUGUACGAAAGUCCAAAACUGUACUAUUACCGUUGCCAGAGUACAGCGACAAAAAUGUUUUUGAGAAAGAUCACCUUUUCGAAAGUCUUCUGGCCAGAGCAGUCCAUGUGGGAAAUGUGGCCAUGAUGAAUUACAUCGUCCAAAAAUUUCAAAAACCCAUUACUAAUAGAACUAUUGUCACGGUCAUGCGUUUAAUGCCCAAGGGUAAACGAUUGAUACAUGAUCAAUCUAUUAAGGCUCUCAAAUUUCUGCUGCACCAAACAACCGAUCUGGAGAGCAUUGACCAGCAUGGUCGAAAUUUAUUACACAUGACCAUACAAAAUGGCUGUUUCUUCAUGGUGCAGUGUUUAAUCGAGGCCGACUUUGACCGCACAAUGAUCAACAAAAACAAAGGAUGGAAUAUUUUCCACUACAUUGCAGCAAGUGAAUCAAGUCAUAAUAAUAGGGCAUUCAAGUUACUUGAGCUCUGUGAGUCAUUAGAGCAUUCAGAUCUAAUUCAGAGUGUCGAUGUGGCUGGCAAUAGUGUUUACGAGACGGCAAUUAUUCAUAACAAUUUUGACAUUGCAAGAGACAUGAUUGAAACAACUUUUAUUGAUUCAGCAACAUUUAGAAAAGAAGACUUUGUGCUAGGAUCUGUUGAAAGACUUGUGGAAAAACUUGACGAAUUCAAAACGGUUUUGGAUUAUUUUAAAUAUUUAUUUGAAUUUGGAGAUAUUAUGUGGAUGAAAGCAUACAGCACAAUUCGAGCAAGCGUACUAGUUAUAUGAGCAGCUUUGCUUACAUCAACCUUAUUUUCUUAAAUUUACUUACAAGAAAUUUGAAUAAACCUUACAUGGUAUUGUCAGGUGAUCGAGAAGUGAAGAUAAUGAUUUAAGUCCCCAAUUAUGCGAAUAAAGCAAGAAUUAGUAAGAUCGAUCAAUAAUUUCACAACGCAAUAAAAUAUACAUGUAUUGGAAAUUGAGAUAUGUACAUGAAAUCAAGAAAAAAUGUAUAUAAUUUGCAACCUAUGACUACAGACGAAUUGGAUCGAUGACGGAUUAUCAAUAAAUAUCGCUUUACUCUUCAGGCAUGUUUUAAAUAUUAGGAUAUUACCGGCCGUGGAAGUCUAACACUCAUGACGCUUAGGUUUUAUUCGCUGUGUGUAACCAAAAUCUACAAAAAAAAAAAAAAAAACAAAUAAAAUAAACUGGUUCACCGAUUUAGAAAAGGAAUUGGAUUUGAAUCAAUUUACCCUCAA